GUGAGCGCGUUCCAGGCUGCCGUCAGCGCCCUUCCAACAAGACAUGGAGGGCGCGGAUCAGUGGGUUUCUGACUACGAGGCGGCCAAGCAGACCGCCAACGAGACCCUGCAGCUCAUCCAGGAGCGCAACCUCAAGUACCCCGAGGGCGGCCCCGAGGCCAGCCGCAUCACCGCCACAUCCCGACGCAAGCUCGGCACGCUCGGCAGCCUGCUGGAUGCCCUGCGCAGCUCGCUAGAGGCGCCGCAGUAUGCCGGCCUGACGGAGAAUGAGAGGAACCGGCGGAGAGACCUGGUGGCCUCACUGCGCAUGCGGCGGGAGCAGAUGCUGGCGUCGCUCAAGCGGGAGCAGCCGCGGGCGGCGCGCGACACGCUGCUCGGCGGCGGGCCGGGCAGCGGCAGCAGCGGCAGCAUGGCGACGGCGGGCAGGGAGACGGAUGCCACCGCGGAGCGGAGCAGCCAGGGCCUGCUGCAGAUGCAGCAGCAGGUGAUGCAGCAGCAGGACCGGGACCUGGAGAGCCUGGAGCGCACGGUGGUGGGCACCAAGCACAUCGCGCUGCAGAUCAAUGAGGAAGCUGACCUGCACAACCGGCUGCUGGAUGAUCUGGAUGAGGAGGUGGACGGCACGCGCAGCCGGCUGGCCGCGGCGCAGCGCCGCCUCAAGCUGGUCAUGCGCCGCGGCGGCAGCUGCAAGACGCAGCUGCUGCUCUUCCUCACGCUCGUGGUGCUGCUGGUGGUGGUGAUUGUGGGCUUCAAGAUCGCCAUCCACCUCUAGCGCCUGUUUCCUCUCCCAUCUCUUUUGUUUCCUUGCUGUGCGCUGCAGCGUGCCCUCCCUGUGUACAACACCAGCAUGCGCUGUACAUGCUCGACCAA